UCCCUCGAUGUCUCCUGCAUCCGACUGCUUGUCUUAGGUCGGGCAUGUCCCCCUGCAGGCGGAUUUUUUUUCGCCGCCAUGUCCAUACGCCUGCAAGCACUUUCUUUGGAAUCUGCUGCACUCAAUUGGUAUGUUAAACAUUGAUUUCCUACUGAAACCGAUGCAGCACGGGGAAUCGAUGCCGGCCGAUGCUAUUAGAUUGGAGGUAACUGCGGCAAAACAGUGUCCAUAGACCGAUGCGCCGCAGUUAACCAAACAACGCAAACACAAAGACGACUGUACAUAAAAGUCAGGGCAUAGGCAGGGAAGCCCACCUUCGAUACGAGAGUGGCUUCAAUUAGCACGUGCAUGCUGAGCGAACACAACUACCGGCAACAUACAGCAACUAUGAAUCAGGCAAAGUCAUGCAAUAUCGCAUUGAUUAUCAACAACAGCCCGACUCGCAGACUGUGUCAAGCCUCGGCGGCCACGGGGACAGAUUACGGGAUGCUCCGUGGUUGCGGCAGGUCGACGGACGUCCCAAUUCUUCAGGCACCUGAGCCAGAAGCGUUGACCAAGACUUGAAAGCGUGAGUUCGAAUGCAGCUCCUCUUGGGAGGACACUGCGUCUCGAGUGCUGUCACCCAAAAACAAGCGCGAGUCCUGGGCGGGGUGGGCACCAGAGAAGGCAGAUGGACGAGACUGUGCUCAGCGUUCGAACUCAAGUAAGCCUUGGACGAAUUACUGGUCUGCAUGCAGUGGACUGGGUCAACCAGGAGCGCGCCUCGUGCCCACUGGCAGAGACGUGCAGGGCCUGAAGUCUCUUCAUGUCAGUACGCCUCGGCAGCGAAUUCUCCAAGCAACACCGCGGAGCCCUACUGGCUCUCGGCGUGCAGCGCUGUCUGCGACGGCGCGCCAGCGCCCAGGAUGCGCACCGCCACUCCGCAGGCACAGACGUUGAGCUCGCCGUCGCGACAAGCGUCAAAAUGCUUGGCGCCCCCGCCGCAAACUGUUCUCCGCUGAUCUCGCAGUGAGCCCGUCGCCACCACGGCGGUCAGCGCCACGGCGUGCCUCUGGAUCGGUCCGUUUCGCGGCGGGGUCCGCGUGGACGCUGCGCGCCGGCGUCCUCCUCGGUCAUCGGCAGCAUGCAAAGCUCCGCCGCACUGAUUCUGCGCCUGCGGAGCCGUAUCCCCAGCACCGCGCCACCAAGCGCCAAGCCCAGCACGCAGGCAACGCCCGCGCAGGCACCGGCAGUCGCCCAGUCUGGUGCUGAGCUGGAUGCCGCCGACCUCUUGUCGCCCGAGGAGCCCAGGCUCCUGACCGGCGCGGCCCCGGAGCUGUACUUCCUGAGGGGCUGCGGAAGCUCCGACGCGUGGCAGACGCCGUCCGAGCUGCAGGACCCGGCGCCGCAGGUGCACUUGCCCUUCCUCGGAGGGAACAGCGCUGCGCCGACGCACUUCGUCUCCCCGCGUGCGCCGUUGCACCCCAUGCCAGGCAACCGCCAACAAGUCGAAUGCUCGCAGCAGGACUGCCCUGAGCACUGCGUGUCGUCGGACCCGACGUACUUCAAAAUCCGCUCCACCAUCUGCGUUUUGCCUGCAGCCGCGAGCGGCUGCAUCGCAAGCAGCGCCGCAGCCAGGGCCCGACCUCGUGACAUGCUGAGGAAACAGCGCCAAGCGAGCGCCAUAGCUCAGAGGGAAAGUGUCCAGCGCGCCUGACGGACGCCCCUGCACGCGUCGCUGAGGCGCUGGCAGCGCGUCUUGGGACGCCUUGAGCCAAAAUGGAUACGGACCCCCGGCAGGCAGAUUUGGGACGACAAAUUAUACAUUUGGCAGGGUCGACCUACUA